CGAAGGAAAUAAUCAAUCUUUUUUCCAUGUUUUUGUUUGAAUGGAUCUCCUUUUAAAUGAAUGAAACACAAGUAGCCUGUAAUUGUAGCAAGUAUAUAUACUUGUCCGACCCACCCCACCCCCUGUAGAUAGUUUGUCUGCGACUGAAUAGGUUCUAUGGCUUUCAUCACCCUUUUAUGUGUAUUUUAUCNCUGGUUAUAUUGCAGACCCCAUUGCAAAAAAAGACGACUUCGACGGAAGAGGGGGAGGAGGAGGAGGAGCAACUUGCAGCUUCUCCUUCCAAUUCGGUGUCGUCCUCCACUGAUCCCAAUGUUUUAGAGCGUUUGAAAGAGAUUGCAUGUCUUGUGGAGGAGGGAGGAAAUGCAGGAGAGGUGAGGAAGAUUGCAAAGGCAGUGAGGUUAACCAUGGGAUUAAGGAGGAAGCUUAUUAAUGCUUCUGUGCUGUCUUCUUUCCUCAACUAUGUAUCUGCCGGAAGCUAUCAACUGAAUGGGGACGAUGAAAUCAUACAAGUUGAUGCUGCAAAGCAACAACUUUUGUUGCCAGAGCUUGAGAUUUAUUGCUACUUGCUUCUGCUUAUACAUCUGAUAGAUCAAGGAAAGUAUAAUGAGGCAAAAGAUUGUUCUUCAGCAAGCAUUGCUCGUCUGAAGCUCUUCAACAAGACGACAAUUGACGUUUUAGCUUCUAAGAUCUACCACUACUAUUCUUUGAGCCAUGAGCUCACCGGUCAUCUUUCUCAUAUCCGACGUAAUCUCCUUAAUUUGCACCAUAUCGCAACACAGAGAAACGACAAGCUGGGCCAGGAAACCCUUUGUAAUCUGCUAUUAAGGAAUUACCUUCACUACAACCUAUAUGAUCAAGCAGAGAAAUUUAGGUCAAAGGCACCCCAUUUUGAAUCUCAGUCCAACCCACAGUUUUGUCGGUACCUUUUCUAUCUUGGAAAGAUAAGGACCAUCCAGUUGGAGUACACAGAUGCUAAAGAGUGUUUCCUCCAAGCUGCUCAAAGGGCACCAGUGUCCACCGCGCUUGGGUUUCGAGCUCAAUGCAUUAAGUGGGCAGUUCUGGUUCACUUAUUGCUCGGAGAAAUCCCUGAAAGAACUGUUUUUAUGCAGAAGGGACUGGAGAAAGCACUAAGGCCAUAUUUUGAGUUAACAAACGCUGUUCGCGUUGGGGAUUUGGAGCUGUUCAGAGCCGUAGCUGAGAAGUUCUCAAGCACUUUCAGCAACGACAGGACUAAUAAUGUGAUUGUUAGGCUCCGGCAUAGUGUCAUUAGGACAGCAUUACGCAAUAUAAGUAUCUCAUACUCUCGAAUCUCAUUGGCUGAUGUAGCAGAGAAGCUAAGGCUGGAUUCUGAAAAUGCCGAAAGCAUCAUAGCAAAAGCAGUUAGAGAUGGCGCCAUUGAUGCCAUGUUGGAUCAUGCUAAUGGAACCAUGAUAUGUAAGGAAAAAAGUGAGCCUCUUAUGGAUUUUGAUUCUAGAAUCAAUUUUUGUCUUAACAUGCAUAAUGAAGCCGUCCGUGCUCUUCAAUUCCCGAAGAGAAAGGCAACUGCAAGAAAAGGAACUUGUAAGCAUAGAGAGAAGGGUGAAGAUUUCUGAAAGAAAUUUCUUUAUGAGCCACAGCUUGGUGCUCCUCUGGGUUAUUUGAUUCAUGUAUUGUACCGCCUCAUUAGGUAAAGUGAUGAUCCAAUAUCCAUGUAUUGAUUGAAUAUUAGGAGUCCUUUUUGCAACCCAUGGAAAUCUUACCUUUCUAUGCUCAAUCACUCCACCAUGAAUCUCACUUCAUUUUACUCUCGCGAGAUAUGUACACUAUGUUUGGUUCAAGGAUUUUGGAGAAAUGAAAAGAAAAUGAUAUG